AGUUAUUUUUGGUAAUUGGAAAUGAUGGUAGGUUUCAAAAUAAAUACAUUUCAAUACCACCAAGCUAUUGGCAAGAAAUAUGCAUAUUUGGCCCAUUGAGAACAAACGGAUCGGUUACUGUGUCUGCCUACCGAGAGUUACAAUAAAUCAGGUAGACUUGCAUAUCAAUUUUGACACACUUUUAGUAAGUGUGCCUUCGCGUAAUAUGGUUAGCUAAUGAAGCAGAUACAAGUGUGCUUUGCAACAAAUUAUUUAAUGAUCAUCAUGGAAGAUAUGCUGUAGUGUACACACACACACACACACACACACACACACACACACACACACACACACACACACACACACACACACACACACACACACACACACACACACACACACACACACACACACACACACAGUGAGCUUUAGCAUUUGGCAGAACUUGGGGGAAUGUCAUUGGUGUGCAAUAUUUUCUAAGUAAACUUGUGUUUAGUCUUCAGUCUGGCUCUGUUCAGACACUGGUUGUAGUCCCAGGUACGAUCGAUCAGGAUCAGGGCAGAGUGGGGUAAAAACCCUUUCCUCCUACCCAGAGAUAAGGGUUGAGAUAAACACAGUGCAUGGAUUACCCUUCCUCACCCCAGCAGCUGUGUUCAAAGACCCCAGUCUUCUUACCCCCUACGCAGACGCUUGGCCUCUUGCAGGUGUCCGUGCGAGAGCCCCUGUCCGUGCUUGACCUUUCCCCCCCAAGGGCCAUGUUAGUGUCAUGCAUAUCACUGGCAGCAAAUCAAAGUGGAUGACUCAUGGACAGUGUGUCAGUACACUUUGAGAGGGGACCAGACUGAGAUUAGUGUGCACUUUAACUCUGACCUUUUUAGUGGCAGCUUGUGUACAUCUCACCUUGGUGCUGUGGUAAAGUCUACGAUGUGAUGGUCUGGGAAACUGAGCCUCUGUCAUCCGCUGCUUCCGUAAGCCCCCUCUUCCACCCCCUCCCCCCCCCCGCCCCGCCCUUCAUGGUCACACUGUCUGCACAUUUCCCCCUCUUUUAUAGGUCUGUCGCACUGUGAAGAGGAUACCAAGUCUAUGAAUUUAUUUUUAUGAACUUGAUGAAAUGUGACAGUCUUUAUUAAUCCAAGCUCAGUUUUAUCGGGGCUCCCAGAGUCCCAAAAGUCACGUUAACAUGUGAAAUGAUUUAAAGCGAUGCUACAGUCUUUAUUUUACAAUUCCGGAGGCUUGUAAAAUAAAUUCAUGUAGGCGGUAUUAUUACCGGGCGAAUCGUUACUGGCCACCUAUUCGAUUAUCGUGACUCAAAGACCUAAAGUUAGUGGGACAACAGCAAUGUUGUUCAACCUGUGUGUUUUAUUUUUUUCACAAGACACGAUUUGUUUGCAUAAGUGAAAUAAUCGCUGCGGCUUGAUUGAAGCACAAGGCCGGACAGCGUGUUUGUUCUCUGUUCAAGGCCAACGGCAGCAGAAACGCAUCAAACCAAUCCACGCACCAUCCUGUUGUCUGAGCAGCUAAAACGCAUCAUGGAAACGUACAGAAGGCCUUCAGCGUUCUCCUAAACGGAUCGGGUAAACGACAGCAAGGCAGUCAAACAAAACGGACCGUCCCUGCGUAUACGCCAUGCUGUCCUUGUGCAUGAAAAGUUACCUAACAAGGAUAUUUUAAGAAAGCGGACACCUGGUACAUCACAGAAAUGUGUUCUGCUGACUAAAGCUACAGUCUGAAUGUGACGUGUCCAGAAUGGUCAGGAGACACGCCUCGUUGCCCGGAGAAGUGAUGGAGAACCGAGGGAACAUGGUGUCUGCCGGCAGCAGGAGAGGCUUUCCCUGCCGCAAGUGGAAGUCUGCUUCCUUUGGGAUGGACAAGCCCAGCGUGUGGCGCGCCGUGGUGAGCACCACGGACCCCCGGAGGGCACGGGACCCCGGGUGUCAGCCCCCCAGACCCAGCUCCGCCAUGGCGUACCGGCUCUACGACAUCGUGGAAGGGGAUGGACGGCCUGGCGAGAGCGGCCCUUCCGUGGACGGCGGAGCCGGCUACGGCCGUGGACCAGUGACUCACGGCUCGGCCAUCAGCCCCGACCGCUUCGACGGCCCGCUCUACAGCCACGGGGUCCAACCGGGCCCCCAGAGGCCCCGCCGGCCCAAGCUCCAGCACUCGCAGUCCAUCCUCCGCAAGCAGGCCGAGGAGGAGGCCAUCAAACGCUCCCGCUCGCUCUCCGAGAGCUAUGAGCUCUCGGCCGACCUCCAGGACAAGCAGGUGGAGAUGCUGGAGCGUAAAUACGGCGGCCGCUUCAUAACCCGCCAUGCGGCGCGCACCAUCCAGACGGCCUUCCGCCAGUACCAGAUGAACAAGAACUUCGAACGCCUCCGGAGCUCCAUGUCGGAGAACCGCAUGUCCCGACGCAUCGUCCUGUCCAACAUGAGGAUGCAGCUCUCCUUCGAAGGCCCCGAGAAGGUGCACAGCUCGUACUUUGAGGGCCGGCAGGUGUCCUUGACGGAGGACGGUAGCCCCCUGGGGCCGUCGGACUGCGGCGACAUGGAGGCCCACCAGCAGGCCAACAUGGCGGCCCACCCCGCCCCGCAGGGGGACCUGAGCGACGCCAUCACGGAGCUGGAGGACGCCUUCUCCCGGCAGGUCAAGUCCCUGGCCGAGUCCAUCGACGACGCGCUCAACUGCCGCAGCCUGCAGGGCGACGAGGGGCCCGACCCGGACGCCAUGGGCUGUGGCGAGAUGGCGCGGGAGGCGCCCUACCAGAGGAAGUCGCACCGCCGCGGGCCCUCCCCCGGGCGCCUGCACGACGAGAUGAUGGCGUCGUACAGCGACGUCACGCUGUACAUCGACGAGGAGGACAUGGCCCCCGCCAUGGCCCGCUCCCGCUCGGGCGAGCAGCCCUCCAGCACGGAGUCGGACGUCCGGCUGCGCUCGGUCAACUCCUCCUCCCAGGAGUACUGGCCCAUGGACCCCAAGGACGAGGGCCGGGACACGGACACCAGCUGCCGCAGCACCCCGUCCCUGGAGUGCCAGGAGCAGCGGCUGCGCAUGGACCACCUCCCGCUGCUCACCAUCCAGCCGCCCAGCGACAGCUCGGCGGAGCACAGCGACCGCUCGGACCGCAGCUCGGUCAAGCGGCCCCCCGUGUACGACCCCCACAGCCACAUCGUCACGUCCUCCCAGGCCAGCCCCAAGCACAUCUCCCACGGGCCCCCGCCGCCGCGCACCUCGUCCCGGGAGGAGGACGCGCCCCUGCGGCACCGCCACCGCCAGCUGGAGGGCCACCUGGCCAUCAACGGCUCGGCCAAUCGGCAGAGCAAGUCGGAGUCGGACUUCUCCGACGGGGACAACGACAGCAUCAACAGCACGUCCAACUCCAACGACACCAUCAACUGCAGCUCCGAGUCGUCGUCCCGGGACAGCCUGCGGGAGCAGACGCUCAGCAAGCAGACGUACCACAAGGAGACGCGCAACAGCUGGGACUCGCCCGUGUUCAGCAACGACGUGAUCCGCAAGAGGCACUACCGCAUCGGACUGAACCUCUUCAACAAGAAGCCAGAGAAGGGAAUACAGUACCUGACUGAGAGAGGGUUUGUUCCUGACACCCCUGUGGGCGUGGCCCACUUCCUGCUGCAGAGGAAAGGCCUCAGCAGGCAGAUGAUUGGUGAAUUCCUUGGCAACAGACAGAAGCAGUUCAACAGAGAUGUCUUGGACUGUGUGGUUGACGAGAUGGACUUCCAGAGCAUGGAGCUGGACGAGGCUCUCAGGAAGUUCCAGAACCACAUCCGUGUGCAGGGUGAGGCCCAGAAGGUGGAGCGCCUUAUCGAAGCCUACAGCCAGCGGUACUGCAUCUGCAACCCCACGGUGGUGCGUCAGUUCAGGAACCCAGACACCAUCUUCAUCCUGGCCUUCGCCAUCAUCCUCCUCAACACGGACAUGUACAGCCCCAACGUCAAGCCCGAGAGGAAGAUGAAGAUGGAGGACUUCAUCAAGAACCUGCGAGGGGUGGACGACGGCGAGGACAUCCCCAGGGAGACCCUGGUGGGGAUCUAUGAGAGGAUCCGCAAGCGGGAGCUGAAGACCAACGAGGACCACGUCUCCCAGGUGCAGAAGGUGGAGAAGCUCAUCGUCGGCAAGAAACCGAUCGGGUCCCUCCACCACGGCCUUGGAUGCGUGCUGUCGCUGCCCCACCGCAGGCUGGUGUGCUACUGCCGUUUGUUUGAGGUGCCGGACCCCAACAAGGUGCAGAAGCUGGGCCUCCACCAGCGGGAGAUCUUCCUGUUCAACGACCUCCUCGUGGUCACCAAGAUUUUCCAGAAAAAGAAGAACUCUGUUACGUACAGCUUCAGGCAGUCCUUCUCGCUCUAUGGGAUGCAAGUCAUGCUGUUUGAGAAUCAGUAUUAUCCCAAUGGCAUCAGACUGACGUCGGCCGUGCCCGGCGCGGACAUCAAAGUCCUCAUCAACUUCAACGCCCCCAACCCCCAGGACCGCAAGAAGUUCACCGACGACUUGCGCGAGUCGAUUGCCGAAGUCCAGGAAAUGGAGAAACACAGAAUUGAGUCGGAGCUGGAGAAGCAGAAGGGCGUGGUGCGGCCCAGCAUGUCCCAGAGCUCCGGGCUGAAGAAGGAGGCGGGGAACGGCAACAUGAACCGCGGGAGUCUGGACGACACCUACGCCAUGGGGGAGGGGCUGAAGAGGAGCGCCCUCAGCAGCUCCCUGCGAGACCUCUCCGACGCAGGCAAGCGGGGGCGCCGCGGCAGUGCAGGAUCACUAGACAGCAAUAUGGAAGGGUCCAUCAUUAGCAGCCCCCACACGUGCCACCGGGCCCCCACGCUGCACGACGGCGCGGCCCCCCGGGGGGACCAGGCCUCCCACCACCACCACCACCACCACCACCAACACCAACAUCAACCACAGCACCACCCCACCCAGCAGCCCUCCCAGCCCUCCCAGCCCAACAUGGCGCCCGCCUCCAUCCUGGGCUCGCUGUUUGGCAGCAAGCGGGGGAAGCCGCCCUGCGCGCCGCAGGGCCACGCCCCCCUGCCCUCCACCGGCCAGCCCACCCUCAUCUCCCACAAGCUGCACCCGGCCAACCUGCACCACACGGCCCAGCAGCCCCUGCCCGGGCCGGGCCACCACGCCCAGUACUGCCCCACCCUCCAGCAGCAGCAGCAGCAGCUGCAGAACCCCCCGCCCUACCACCACCACCACCACUACCACCCCCCGCCCCACGCCCAGCUCCCCCCUGCGGAGGCCGCCGCCUACCCCAACCCCCACGCGCACCCCCACGCGCACCCCCAGCACGGCCAUCACGGCGGCCAGAAUUCCCACCACGCCUCGCACGGCCCGCCGGACAGACACGGGGCCCACCACCACGGCCAGCCGCCGGGCUCCAUGCCCGGCGGACCCAAAGCCAAACACAGCGGCAUCAGCACAGUGGUGUGACCAGGAGGCGGGAGAGGGAACCACGAGGGGCGGCGUGACCGCUGAGACCGGGUGGACGGAGGAGACAAUGCUAACACCAAAGGGAACUGACAGCAUUCAUUUACGGCCUGUCCACUGUGCUUCACCUGCUGCUGUGAUGGCGACGGAUCACGGGCAGCCCCCUAUAUAUAAAUAUAUACAUCUCCACACUUCUCAGCAGGAUGCAGCUUGGAAUCGGGCUCUUGGUGUUCUGUCAGUAGGGGGCCUGGAUACGGGCCUCCCCGGGCUCUCUCUGGGUUUCAGGGGGGUGUUUCUUGCAGGAAGAGGCCACCCACCCAUUCACCUCCUGCAAAAAUAACAACAACAGCAAACAGUAAGCUGGCAGUGAUGGCUGAGGCGAAGCUCCUCCACACUGCUCCAUGUAUCCAAUAAGCCUGUGUCUUCCCUUCACCCACUGAGGAGGAAAGGCAGAGGGACCUCAGUCUGUCACCGCGAUGGAGUCCUAUAUUGUACACACUGUUAUUUCCGAAACUUUUUUUAAAAACAACUCUCUUAUCUCCCCAUCAUCAUCAUCAUCAUCAUCAUCAUCCUCUCCAUUAUAAUCAUCGUCAUCAUCAUUUUCGAAAGCUAUUCGCCACCGCCUUCCCUGCCCAACCGCGCGUAGCCGACCAACCUUACUAUAACCAUUUCACAACCUAGCCCGGGUCAGCAGACCGGGGCUCACAUCUGCGUAGACGGACUCGGCCGUAGUAGUUCUAGUGCUGUAUUUACUGUAGAUGACAGCUAUACGUAUUGUCUCUUAGCUCAUAAAUAAAUGUGCCAAUUACUUAUGCAUAAUCUAUUUAGUCAAUAACUUCAUGUACAGUAUAUUGUGCUCUAAGUAAUUUGUAAGAUUAUACUUACAAUUAUCAAUUAAAAAUACAUUUUAUCAGUGAUAUACUGACUCUGUAACAACGAGAUGUAAACAUCAGAAGAGAUGGAACUCCCAAAUCAGCCCGGCUAACUAUCUAAUUUGGACUUGUUUUCUUUCCUUUUCUUUGGUUGUUUUUCCUCACAUUCAAUACAAAGCGUUUCGGGAUUGGCAGCUGUAGCACACUGGCCUCCAAACACCAGGCUGGUCUGUAGGAAACCAUCUCUCGGGCUGCUCAGAGUAGCCCUGACUACGCACUGCCUUUUGUAGAUAUGGAUGAUGCCAUAGGGUCCCUUGAGUCUCAGCUAACCACUCUCCACUGUGUUUUUGAGAUAAAGAGGUGAUUUAAAAGGCCUUGCCAGUGUCUUCUGUAUACCGAGACGCGAGCCACUUUACCUACAGACCCAUAUAUAUAUAUAAAUAUACAUAUAUAUAUAUAUAUAUAGCUAUAUCUCUGUAUGGAUCAAACAUGUUCCUGAGACGAUUGCCUUUAACAUAUGCGGCAACAAAGAAGCAGCUCUCUUCGCUCUUCAAAUCAAAAGAGUAAAUCACCUUUUUCAAUCUCGUUUUGCCUUCUGUUCUUUGUUUACAGACCGGUGAUGGAAUACUCUGUUUUGUUUCAUAUUUUUUGAACACAUGUGCAAUAUCUUAUUUUGUACAUUCGGAACACGCAUGGCAUACCCUCCUGUUUGUGCGUUUCUUCAUGUUGUGUCAUAAUUUAUUUAUUUAGUUUGGACCCCCCCCCCCCCCCUCCCCCCAGUAAAAAAAAAAAAAGUGUCUGUGCGACUGUCCUCAUAGUUGUGGAGAGAGACAGCCUUGGAGUUCAGUGGAAUGUCUAAAUAACGUAGGUGACUUUUGCAUGUAAUGUUUAUUGUUGUUCAGCUAUCCUCUGCACAUCGUAUUACGAAUCAGUGUUACCAUAGCGAGUUUAAGUGCAAUCAUGUUCAGAAAAAUGCAGACUUGGAUUGAACGUGGAAGUGUGUCCCAUUGGUCCAGGAUGAGAUUCAGGUGAAAAGAAUAUAUAUAUAUCUUUUGCUUUCAGUUUUUUUUUUUUUGGUUCAUUUUAGAAUAUAUAAAUACUUGCAGAGUUCACAGUGGAAAGAAGAAUGUGUGUAUAUAUUUUAUUAAAGGAACAUCCUUCUCUUUGGGGCUGAACAGAAAUAUUUUGCUGGAUAAGCACACGUGAAAGAACACUUUCAUUUUUUUCAGGAAAUGCAGUUGUAACUGACUGCAGCAAUGCAAAUGAACAAAGGAACAUGGUCUAUGUAAAUAAAUAAUAACUUUCUAAAUUCUACAAAUAAAAAAGUGUCUAUUCAAAGUGUGUACAUUAGUGACAGCUGUUUGUUCCAAUAUUCAGGUUGUAAAUGUAUUUUAACUUUCACAAAGAAACUCAUUACCAUAAGUCAAGCUUAAAAAGGCGGUCACACAUUUUACUUUUUGUUACUCAUGUGAUCCUCAUGUUAUUAUAAUAGAGAUGGAGACCGCUAGGAGAGAGUUAGCAUAUCUUGUAUGGGACAGUAAUGGUCAGUUGAAUGUGUCUAUUAAUUUUAUAUUAUUACUAAAAACUGAAAUCAUAGUAUAAUUGGAUGAUGUUUUUUUAUGUUUCUGUUAUAGAGGUUUUUUUAUGUUUAGAAAGUCCAUAGUCACUUCGUGUUAAGACGAUACCCCAACAAUGCACUGCAUGGAUCUGAUGCAUAAAGUGUCCUAUUCACUGUGAGCUGACAGGAAAUAUAGAAUUCAGCCUGUAAACUUUGACCUCUUCCCUUUUUUUUUUGGUUUAUAUUCAUUUGAUGGACUUCCUGUCCGUGUCCUGUUUUCACACGCCCAUGUUGGCUGAUAUUUACUGGAGUUCAGCACUUCAGCCUGCAUUUCAUCUACACAGCCAUUGUAUUGAAAAAUGAAAGAAAAUAAUAACCAUGCACUUAAGUUGGACUGCUGAAGGUGUCCAUCUUGUAAAUAUGACACUUUGUGCAAAAAGGAUGAAUUUAUUGGAAGGUGGAGGUUUGCUAACAUGUUUAGUUGUCAAGGGACCAAGUGGGUGCAAAAUAAAAACCGAAACACAAUGUACAUAAUGUGUAAAGGAUCAUCCGUGUGCUCCGAUAUCGGCAGUGAUGACACCUCAGUGUAGUGUUGAGAAUCACAAACAUAUCCUUUGUCCCCGCCUCCCAACAAGGGUGUUCCUAGAACGUACGCUUUAGAUCCAUCCCAAACACAGACUGUUAGUAGGGCAAUCUCCACCUAUUUUGGUUUUCCCCAAACGUACAUAGGAUCCUCAGAACACACGCGUGCACACACGCGCAUGCACACAUACGAGCUCCUGUUCACACACACGCUACAAGCUAUUCUGUCAGGAGACUUUAUUUUUAAAGGGAAAGAUGAAAGUGGCCUCAUUUCUGUGUGAAUUAUGUUUGUACAGUGAAUAGUGAGUCGGUAUGACCCCAGUUAUUGUAAAACUUCAACUGUGACAAUGUUAAGAACGCAAAAUAAACAAAUAUAUGACUUAUGGUA